AUGGUAUUUUCAUCUUUUAUAAGGUUUGCCAAAUUUUCAACAAAAAUACCUCAUACAACAAGUACAAAUGCAUCAAAUUUAAAUAAUCAAUUUUUUAAAUCAUCAUAUCCUUAUUUAAAAUCAAAUUCUUAUUUUAAUGGUUUACAAAAACACUGUAAAUUUGCUUAUAGAACUAAAUGGUGGCAUAAAGUAGAAACUGGUUCAACAAAUACUUUUAAUUCAUUUUUAACUAUUUCAAAUGGUCAUUAUGGAUUAUAUUAUUCAAUUUAUAAUAAAGAAUCUGAAAGAAAAGAAAAACAAAGAGCGUAUGAACAAUACAUUAAAAAAUAUAUAGUGAAACAAUUUGAAGAAGGUGAUAGAACAAAAUUUAGACGAUGUAUGUUUAUGAGAUCUCAUAGUCAUGAUCAUCAUGAUCAUCAUAAUCAUUAUAGAUAUAGAAAAAAUAAAGGACGUAAUCAUUAUAAUAGAAGAGAUCGUCAUAUAAAAAAGUUUAUACACUUAAAAUUAAUUUUAAUUGGUUUUACAGCAAAAUUCUUAAUUUCAAAAGUUAUUAAAGAUACUCAAAUCAACUUAGAAAAUUUUAAAACUUUUUCAUCAAAAUUUAUUUCUUCAUGUUUAUUGAAAUCUACAACUUAUUUGGCUACAACUAAUCAAUUUUCAUCACCAUAUUCAUCACUUCCACAAUCAGAUAAUGUAUUUUCAAUUGGUCUUUCUAAAAGAUCUUUUACAAUCAUUACAAAUUCAUUACAAGAAAAACAAUUGACACAACAAAAAUUAAAAUUACAAAAGGACAUAAAAUCACAAGAAAUACAGUCAAUAGAAUCAGUUGAUGAGCAAGAAUCAACUUUUCUUCAAACUCAAAUACAAAACAUAAUCAACACUUACGAGAAUCACAAAUCCCCCGACGAUCUUAACAUCAUAUAUCCUUUAUAUCAAGCAAUUAAACGAAAUGACUUAACUUUACCAUCAAUUGAAAAUUAUAAUAUGGUUUUAAAAUCAAUAAUUGAAAGAAGCCUUGAUGGUGAUCUUGAAUUAAAAUCAAUUGAAUCUAAACUUACAAAUUUACUUACUAUUUAUCAAGAUUUGUUACAAUCUGGAAUUAAACCAAAUCUUGAAACCUAUAAAUUAGUAGUUAAUGCAUUAUUGGACAAUAGUAUAAAUUGCUCACAAAUCCCAUGCUCUAAUCAUAUCCAAUAUAAUGAAAUUGUUGUAAGAGCUAAAGAAUUUGCACAAAUUGGUUUUGAAUUAAUCCAAACAAUUAAUACACAGGUUGAUAUUAAUACAAUUUUAUCGAAAGUUACAAUACUCGGUAUCAAAUGUCCAGAAUUGAUGACUAAAGAUAUUAUUAUGAAAUUCAAUGAUUUAAUAAACAAUAUUGAAGACUUAAAUUUACAAAGUUCAUUGGAUAUAUUGAAUCUUGCUAGAUUUUUCACAAAAUUUGACGUUUUUGAUGAAUCAAAAGCUUAUGAAAUUAUAGAAAAGAUUUACAAUAGAAUUAGACAAUUUAACAAUGUAGAUGAAUUUAAAGUUUACCAAUCCAUCAUUAUCGCAUUAAUUAAUAAUAACUACAUCAACAGUGCCACUGAAUUAUUGGAUAACAUUUUAAUGGACUAUAAAGAAGCAUUACAAUUUUCCAAACGUCCAAACAAAUCUGAAGUCAGUGAAUUAAUUGGAACUUAUUUGAAAGCUUAUUCAAUGAGUGUUGGAGCUUCAAAUGGAUUGGAAUUAUUAAAAUUAUUUCAAUCAGUUGCAUAUUUACCCGAGUUACCAGUCUCAACUUAUAAUUUUUUCAUAAAUCAGUUACAAACAAAAUCAGAUCACUAUAAUACCGUUUGGGAACUUUAUAAUAGAUUAGCUUUAAGAAAAGAUUAUCAAUCAACUCCAACAAUUUCAAUCAUAAAAGAAAGUGACAACGUAGCUUGCAGGGACAAUUUACUUUCACUUUCAAUUCAAAAUGGCGAUCAUGAAAAAGUUUUCCAAUUAUUAAAAGAAAUUUUAUUGAAAGAUCAUUUAAUUGGUGAUCAUCAAAUAAUGAGAAUGGCGUUCAAUUAUUUGAGUAAUGGUGUUAUCUACAAUAAGAAUGAAGGUGAAUACUUUAAUCAAUAUUACUUUAGUUUACUUUCUCAAUUAAUAGAAUCACAAGCAAAACACUACAAAACAUCAACAAAUUUAAAUGAUUUUAUUUCAGAAUAUGCUCAAUUUUUAACUAUCCCCAUACCACAAGAAUUAUUAUCUAAUGAAAAAGCUGUAGAAAGUGUUAACAAUUACAAUGCUCAAUUAUUAAUGUCAUCAUCAUUACCUUUUAAAUGUCUUGAAAAUUUCGAUAUGAAUGAAGAUAAUUUAUAUGGAUUAGUUGUUAUUGCUCGUCAAUUAAUGUUAUACAAUGGUCAAGAUAAAACGGUUUUAAAGAGAAUUGCUACAUUUGAAGAGAGUUUGAUGAAUCUUUUUGAAGAUCCUGCUAAUCAUUAUAUUGAAUUGACUGAAGAGGUCACUGAAUUUAAGACUCAGCUCGCUAGUUCUAUAUAG